AUGUGGAAAUCUUGUGCUUCUGCCGUAAACAAAACAUUGAACGGAUGUAACAAUUUGAGAUUCGCCCGGUUGCUUCACGCCCCUUCAAACGAGAGCUACUUGCACCACCCGGGCUCCGAACCCCUGGCCCACACCACUCUCUCCGAGCAGCUGGUGUACACAGUCAACCGGUACCCCGACCGCAUAGCAUUGAGAUCUGUGUACGAAGACUUGUCGCUCACAUAUGAUCAGCUUUUAACUCAAGCUGAUGCUUUGGGUUGUGCUCUGAGGGCGCAGGGUCUGGAGAAAGGAGACCGGCUAGCCAUCUGGUCUCACAACACUGCCGCCUGGGUAGUGGGGAUGAUGGCAGCCGCUCGCACCGGUAUCAUAGCGGUAUUAAUAAAUCCAGUGUACGAAAAGUCCGAGCUAAGCUACUGUCUUAGGAAAACCGGAGUGAAGGGUAUACUGAUCAGCGAGAACCUGCCGACCAGGGAUUAUUAUGGGAAGCUGAGCGAACUGAUCCCGGGUCUGCAAGAUAAGAAGCCGGGUCAUAUUUCCUCCGACCUGUUCCCGGAACUGACAACGAUCAUUUCUGCGUCUAAAGAAAAUUUAGGUGGAACAUUCAACUAUGCUGGUCUGCUAGAAGACUAUGCAAGACAAGACGCAUCCAAAUACAGUAAGGAAGUGGGUCCUCAGGAUGGUUGCCUGAUAUACUUCACGUCUGGUAGUACUGGUAACCCUAAAGCAGUUUUGGAUUCUAAUAUGGGUGUUGCGAAUAACAUUUACUUCAUUGGAAAACGUAAUAUUUUCAACGAAGCUCAUCACAACGUUGGCGUUCAGUCUCCUUUGUUUCACGCAUUGGGGUCUAUAGUGACGCUGCUGAGCGGCUUCAGUCACGGCUGCACAGUCACCCUCGCAGCGCCGACGUACAACGUGCCUGCCAACGUCGACGCGCUGUACUCACAGAAAUGUACGACUAUAACUGGUACACCUACAAUGUUUAUAGACAUGUUGUCUCAGGUCAAAGCCAAGGGUAUUCCACCACCAGAUCUGAAGAUUGCGAUGUCAGCCGGCGCGCCGUGCAGUCCGCAGCUUAUAAGACACAUGCAAAAGUACUUAAACGUCCAAUCGGUCAAGUGCCUGUACGGACUGAGUGAAUCAACUGCGUGCAUAUUCCAGUCGAUGCCUGACGACAGCGUCGACACAGUCGCCGAGACGGUUGGAUAUCUACAGGAUCAUCUCGAGGUCAAGGUUGUAGAUGACAAGGGGCAGACGGUGCCUUUCGGCAGCGCGGGUGAGUUACUGUCCCGCGGUUACAACAAUAUGCUGUGCUAUUGGCUUGAGCCAGAGAAGACCAGGGAAACGCUUUCAAACGACGGGUGGCUCAGUACUGGUGACGAAUUCAAACUCAGUAAGGACGGUUACGGACGCAUCGUGGGCAGGAUCAAGGAUAUCAUCGUGAAGGGCGGUGAGAACAUCGCGCCCAAGGAGAUUGAAGACGUGCUGAAUACGCACCCUGACAUCACUGACAGUCAGGUUGUAGGAAUAUCAGAUGACCGACUAGGCGAGGAUCUGUGUGCGGUCCUACGAGUGAAGCCAGGGUGUACGGUGACGGCGAAACACAUCGCGGACCACCUCGCCGGCAAACUGGCGCGGUUCAAGAUCCCCAAGAUAGUGAAAUACGUGGACGAGUACCCCAAGACCGCUUCCGGGAAGGUGCAAAAGUUCAAAUUGAGAAACAUGAUCGAUUCUGGCAAGCUAUAA